CCUCGUUCCAAUCAGGUGCGUUUCAUCAUCGUGGUCGCUGGCAUGACGCCCCCUUCGCCGCAUCUGUUCACUACAUUCCAUCAUCCUCGCUGCGACCGUCACGAGUCGUCGUGUGAUAUCACCACCAGCUUUUGGAUGAUCCAGUCCUUGUUGUCGCACACAUCGCAAAACGUCAUUUCCCAACUCAUGUGGUGGUUCCAUCUUCCUACUUCGUCGUCGUCGGCUUCGAUCGCGGCAUCCUUCAUUUCCUGCGUCUCCCGUGUCAACUUCUCCAUGGCGUUGUACAUCGCGACCUCCCAUGUCCUCGCCAUCUUCGCCCUGCAGGUUCUCCCAUCCUGCCGGUGGCAAACCCUCGUGUUCACCGGCAUGCUCUUCUACACGGGUGUGCUCGGCGUCACCGCCGGCGCGCACCGCCUCUGGGCGCACAAAAGCUACAAAGCGCACGGCCUGGUUCGCGUUGUGCUCAUGCUGUGGCAGUCCACGUCCCUCCAAGGCUCCAUCUUCGACUGGAGUCGGUGGCAUCGACUACACCACAAGUUCGCCGAAACCGACCUCGACCCGCACAAUAUCCACCGCGGCCUCUUCUACGCCCACAUGGGAUGGCUCGUCAUGCGCCCGACCUCGCGCAUGGUGGCCGCCGUCGCCGCCGUUCCCUGCGACGACCUCCUCCAGGACUGGGUCGUUGCAAUGCAGCACCGUUUCCACUGGGUGUUGAACCCCAUCAUGUGCUUUGCCAUGCCCGUCGCCGUGUCGUCCUUUUUGUGGCGCGAGGACUGGACCACCGCGCUCCUCGUCGCCGGCUUCCUCCGCCAAGUACUGGUGAUGCACGCCACAUGCGUGGCUAACAGCGUCACACACAUCGUCGGGUCCAAGCCGUACAACGCCGUCCUAUCCGCCCGCGAUAGCCUCUGGGUCGCGCUCGUGUCGCUGGGCGAGGGAUACCAGAACUGGCACCACCAGUUCCCCCAAGAUUAUGCCGCCGCGGAGGACGAGUGCCCGUGGCAAUUCAACGCGACCAAGGCGUUCAUCGACGGAUGUGCCAUGGCGGGACUCGCGGGCCACCGACAGCGAGCGCUGCACUUGUGGGGCCAAAAGAAGUACGUGCUGCGGUCGCGCCUCUUAGACGAGCUGCGGCCGUUCCGGACCUGCAAUCCUAGUAGUACUAGUAGUACUAGUAGCCAUGUUGGGACUCGAUUGUCGAGCGAAACCAUGAAAAACUAAUCCAAACUACCUAUUUAUGACA